ACAUGACAUAAUUGAGACAAAGUGGGUGGGGGAAGGGUAGUACUAAGUAACAAACACACAUGGUUUCAAUUCUAAGAACGUUGUCAAUAAUAACAACCUUUAUUACCCAGAGCAUCUAUCUCCAAAUUCAUGGAUUCUUCUUCCAACGCCGGCAAUGGAGGAUCUCAGAGGCUUCUAGCCUUGGCACAACACCUUCGCAUGUACAAACCCCCACCUUUCCCUGAAGAUAUUGUGGAGCAGAGCAUUGAAGAACGUGGUGGUAAGGUUGUUUCCCAAGUGGGUUUUCCUGAAUCAGCAACCCCAAUUGCUCAAAACCCAGAAAAAUUCAGACCCAAUAAAGCUGCUGUUUUGAUCUGCCUCUUCGAAGGUGAUGCUGGGGAUCUACGUGUCAUACUCACUAAGCGCUCUUCCAAGCUCUCUACUCACUCGGGUGAAGUGGCCUUGCCUGGUGGGAAAGCGGAGGAGGGGGAUAAGGAUGAUGGGGACACUGCAAAAAGAGAGGCACAGGAGGAAAUUGGGUUGGAUCCAGAAUUGGUCAACGUUGUUACUGUCCUUGAACCAUUCUUAUCUAAGCACCUCCUAAGAGUAGUUCCCGUCGUUGGCUUACUUCAUGACAAGAAAGCAUUCAAACCUGUUCUGAAUCCUGCUGAAGUGGAAUCAGUAUUUGAUGCACCUUUGGAAAUGUUUCUCAAGGAUGAAAAUCGGAGUCAGGAGGAGAGGGAGUGGAUGGGAGAAAAGUAUUUGAUACAUUUCUUUGACUAUGAAAUCGAGCAUAAAAAAUACCUCAUAUGGGGUUUAACUGCUGGGAUCUUGAUUAGGGCUGCAUCAGUUGUGUACCAACGGCCACCAGCUUUCAUGGAGCAGAAUCCUAAAUUCAAGAUUCCACAGGUUGUAACCAAGGAUAGUGUAAUGCGUUGAGUUCAAAAUUUAUUGUAUUUUAUCCUUAAUAUUUGUCCUUCAUCGUACAAUAAUAUUUAUCACUAUUACAAAGUACUAGAAUUAAGCAGGUGUUUAUAAUUACUGAAAGAAAGGAAAAUGGUAC